CCUUUCUUUGCGGCAGCGCUUUCCUACCGUGGCAAGUGCCUGCAGCACGGCCGUGCAGCAUGCUAGAUCCUGAGGGCAGUGUGGAGCACAAGCCUUCGUCUUCCUUCCCCAAAGUUCUCCUCAUCUCUGUAGCCAUGCUCCUUGCAAUUGCAGCGCUGCUGCUCUUAGCCUUUUCCGCUACGCAGCAGAAGGAGCCUGAUUUUUACACUUUCAAAGUCGUAAACAUAAGGGGCAAACUAGUCUCUCUGGAGAAAUACAGGGGCUCGGUGUCACUAGUUGUCAAUGUUGCAAGCGAGUGUGGGUACACAGAUAGCCACUACAAGGCCUUACAACAGCUACAGAGGGACCUCGGCCCGUAUCAUUUCAAUGUCCUGGCAUUCCCGUGCAAUCAGUUUGGGCAGCAAGAACCAGACACCAACAAAGAAAUUGAGAGUUUUGCACGAAAGACUUACAGUGCCUCCUUCCCUAUGUUCAGCAAAACUACAGUCAGCGGAGCUGGUGCGAUUCCUGCCUUCAAGUACUUAAUUGAUUCUACAGGAGAAGAACCAACCUGGAACUUCUGGAAAUACCUGGUGGACCCCAAUGGGAAAGUAGUAAAGGCCUGGGACUCUGCAGUCACUGUUGAAGAAAUAAGACCUUAUGUUACAGAACUUGUAAGGAAAAUCAUCCUGAAGAAGAAAGAUGAAUUAUGACUUUUGAAAAUCCCAGCAUGCCACUUACAGCCUUAUUGAGAACUAGGACUGGACUUUGUCUUCUCACAUUCCAAAAGAGAGUAUAUGAGGAAAGGAAAUUAUGACCAAUAGAAUCUACAUUCACCAUCCUAAGAAUGUAGAAACCAGCAAUUUAGCGUGGUCAAAGUAAUGUAAAUUUUGUCUCCAACUGAAUUCAGUUUGACCAUUCUGGGAAAGAAUAAACUGAUCGGCAGCUGUUUCUUUCCCAGUUCAAAUAAUUAAUUAUUGGUAAUCCUAUAUGAAGUUACUUCAUGUACCUGUAGGAAGAAGGCUCAGAAUAAGGAGAACUUCCCGACUGGGAUCUUAUUGUUAUCUACAAUUCUGUUGUCAUAUUUUGCUUGUGGACUGAAUGAGAAAAUAAAGAACAUGUGAAAACAAA